UAUGCUAGCGUCACACCGUUAGCCGCCUUAUCGCUUCGCACUCCACUCUGGCAUCUGGGUCUCUCGCUCAUUCUGCUCCGCUCCUCGGGGGAAAUCAUGGCUCCUGCUUCACUGCUCUUCAACAACAAGUGGAACAUUUAAUUUUUUAUCUUAUAUUUCUAAUGGGCGGCGAUUCAGAGAAGUUAAAUACAGAUUAAAGCACAGAAAGCAACAGCUCCAGUCUUCACGAUGCAGAUGACCUUUGACUCGUCGAGCAGUGUGACUCUGCUCUUUGACUUCUGGAAGGUGCAUGGAGUGGGAGGUAUGCUGCUGUCCGUGCUGGUGGUCUUCCUCCUCACACUGUUCUACGAAGUCCUCAAAGUGUCCAGGGUGUGGCUGGAUCAUCGCUUUAAGAGGACAGCGCCCCCUCCUGGAGACACAAGUCUGAAACUAGAGGGCAGCCAAUCAAUAUCAUCCCUGACCCCCAUCGCGUCCACACAGCCCAUUCCCCCUCUCAGCACCAAGCAGAGAGUGCUCCUCCACAGUGCCCAGGCUGGUCUCCACACGGUGCAGGUGGCUCUGGGGUACAUGCUCAUGCUCUGUGUCAUGUCCUAUAACACGUGGAUCUUCUUGGCUGUGGUCUUCGGCGCCGUGCUGGGGUACUUCUUCCUCUUCCCCCUCUUCUCCUUCAUGUCCGAGCAGCACACCAUGUGACUAUGCCGGACAAACAGAGGACAUCUUUUUUGGAAGUUCAGGACAAACUGGAAAUGCAGAGCUGUGUUUUUGGUGACAUGCUUUGUGUUGUUUUACUUUAUGCUUAGAUAAGAGACUUGAACUUCAUUUAUAUUCAUGUUAAAGAAGCACCGUGUAACUUUUCUUAUGGAGGGGGUGCAAUCUACUUUAUACUUUAUGCUUGGGUAGGAGUUAUGAAGUGGACUUACCAGUGUUAAAGAAUAGAGAUGCACCCAUCCAAUACAAAUUUCAGAAAUCGGCUUCCAAAUAUGGUUUAAGCUUCAGCCGAUUUCGUGGCUGGACAUAUCUUUUAUUUUUUUUAUUUACUGGUACUAGUCAGUCCAGAAAGUCUCGGAUUGUUUUAAUUUUUAUUUAUACAAAACUACAUAAGUCACUUACAAGAUAAAUAACAGCUACAUCAACACAUCAGGAGCAGUUUUGUCUUAUUUAAUUUUUUUAUUAGGUAAAUGCUUUGGUCAGUCUCUGAACUGGUAUCGUUUGAUAUCGGGUAUGGGCAGAUACUUCAUUAGUUUACUCAUGCUUUCAUUGCUUAAAAAGUCAAUGAAAACCACUGAGAGAUUUACUGAGAGUGGGCUUGUUUCGCCACAGAUCUGAUCUAUAAUAGCGUCAUCUGCUUGUGUCAUUCUUUGGAACAUUCUAGGCAAAGCAAUAACAUUUCCAUGGAAACAAGUUUGACCCUCCACCAGAGAAGUUCCAUAGUGUACCUUUAAGUAAUGUAGUGGUCAAUUCCACCCAAACCUCUGAUUUGUUUGGUCUUCAUUUACGUUGCAAAUGAGCAUUUCCUUUUUAGCAUAUAGUGUGUGUGUCUUAAUCUAACACUAACAUGACUGUAAUCAAUGGUGACUGUUUAUUUUGCAAUAAUUUCAUCUGCACUACACGUUUGUUUCAAUGUUUAAUCUGAACUGGUCAAGGGUUCUUAAAUGUGAUCUCAGUUGUCAGACACUUUGACUGUUGGUGCUGUCCACAUGGACGAUCAGGGUCCAAAGUGGGAUCUUAAAGGAACUGUAUGUAAGGUUUUGAUUUAAAAUUUCAUAAACAUGGCCUGUGGUGUCCCGAACAACAACAAACAAAUGCUGCAUCCUGCUUACAGUCAAACACAUUUCUAAGAGAAAUCUAUUUUGUAAGAUGAGGUUGGUUGGUUUGUUGAUUUAACAGUUAAUUUGUGCUGAGUUAAUUUUGCAGACUAUAACAGUCAUCAUUUUGUUAAGGAAGACUUACUAUGUAAGUAGUUAAUGAGGACUGUGGUUGAUUGAAUCUUUAAUACUAAAACUAAAUAAACUGUCUUGUUAAAAUAAACCUUGUUCUUUCCUUAAAGUGGUUCAGUUGUUUCUUCAGCAGAUUGGUUUAUUGUUGUACAGAUUUCAGGUCAGUACUUCUGCUCUUCACGUGUAGCUCUUCCUCAUUGUGCUCACCACUGUGUUCUGUGACUGUCACACGCUCUCUUCACUUCCUCACACCCUGACUGUGCAUUUCAGUCAGCUGGUUCACCACAAUCAUUUACUAACCACUAACCACUACUCCUGCCACUGCCCAAUACUCUGCUUUUCAUUGACUCUUAUGUCAUUUCAGUUUGUGAUGUGUAAAAAUGUGCCAAAAUAAAGCUGUUUUUGAAAAUGUUUUA